AUGUUGGUGUUUGGCUGCGGCCCCGUGACCGCGUAUUUAAGUAAUCAACGGAUGAAAGGCGCUACAUCAAAAUUGGCUCCAAGCAAAAGCACUGUAUACAUAUCCAAUGUGCCAUUUUCGCUCACUAAUAGCGAUUUACAUAAACUGCUGGAGCGUUACGGACAAAUAACAAGAGUCACGAUAUUGAAGGAUAAGCUAACCCGAAGGAGCAAAGGUGUCGCUUUCGUUCUGUUUCUAUGUGUAGAGGAUGCCCAACAAUGUGUCCGUUGUCUCAAUGGCUCUGAGAUGUUUGGUCGACAUAUAAAGGCGUCAAUAGCCGUGGAUAAUGGUAGGGCGGCGGAAUUUAUUCGGCAUCGAGAGUAUCCUGACAAAUCUCGUUGCUAUGAGUGUGGUGAAAAUGGUCACCUGAGCUACACUUGUCCAAACAACGUCUUGGGUGCACGUGUACGUCCCAGAAAUAAAAGGACUGAGCGGAAAACUCAGCAAGCAUCGUCUAGGCCUGUAGCUAGUGACGAACAGGAGCUCCUCGAGCAUGAGGAUGAUGCAUUAGACGGACAGGACGAUGUGGACACCUGGAGCGCUGCCGUUAACUUCAGCCGGUCCUUAACCAACUCUACCGCCAGUGGCUCUCCCCCUCGUAAAAGCCGAAGGAUACGCCGAGAUUCCUACUUCUCAGAUGAGGAGAGUUUCGAAAAUGCCUAA